CUUGCUCAGCUCGGUCCUCCUUGGCUGUCUUCCUCCAGCUCUUGCUUCAACAGUGCUUGAACGGAGCAGGGUCGCGGCCGCCCCAUCCUCCAUUUCUCCGCCAGUCCAGCUAACCUGCCCACUGCCUCCGUCUGCGCCAUGAGCUCCCAGGUGCGCCAGAACUACCACGCCGAGAGCGAAGCUGGGGUCAACCGCUUGGUCAACCAGUUCCUCCAUGCCAGCUACGCCUACCUGUCCCUGGGUUAUUAUUUCACCCGGGAUGAUGUGGCUUUAUCCAAGUUUGCGUCCUUUUUCCGGCAUGUGUCUGAAGAGAAACAUGAACAAGCUGAGAAACUGUUGACCUUCCAAAACCGUCGUGGAGGGAGAGCUGUCCUGCAGGAUGUCAAAAAACCAGAGCAGGAUGAAUGGGGGAACGGAGCCUCUGCCAUGGCCUUCGCCCUUCAGCUGGAGAAGAGCGUGAACCAGGCCCUGCUGGAACUGCACCAAAUUGCUUCUCGCCAUGUGGAUCCUCAUAUGUGUGACUUCCUUGAGACUCACUACCUUGAUGAGGAGGUGAAGCUGAUCAAGAAGCUGGGGGAUCACCUGACCAACCUGAAGCGUGUGCGUGCCAGUGAGGAUGGCCUGGGCGAGUACCUCUUCGAUCGUCUCACCUUGGGUGAGUCCAGCGACUGAGCUGCAAAGUGCUGGCUCCCCCCAGAGUCCUCUCGCCAACGUGUCCAGCUGUGUUGCUCUAAUCCGUCAUGCGUACGUGUUAAAAGCUAGCUGUUCAAUGAAUGAGGCAUACCUCUGUACCCUGCCCAUCUUGGGGGGAGAGUCUGUAACUGGCAUUAAAUAAAACUUGGCAUUAAGCACUA